AUGCUUGUUGUGAAUGAUGAUGUUUGGAAGGCCACCGUUUGUUCUCUUGUCAUCAGGUUUAUCGGAGGUGCUUAUGAAAAGUCAAGCAUACCGCUAGCAUUGUCCACCAUUGGUGGUGUCGUGCUACUUGAGACCGUUGUCAGUUGUUGGCUAUGUGAUGAGGCAUUUUGCGUCGACGCAGUGGCAGAGGACAUCGACCCUUCAAUGACUGGCCUCCAUAGUUGGCUCAUCGUAGCAGUGGUUAUUGCUGAGCCACCUUGUUGUGGUGCUUCACCGGCAACCGUUGUUGGCUUCUGA